AUGAGUUUUUAUACCGUCCUGGGAGUACUGUUCACAGUCAUCAUCAUCUCUGUUGUAUUUUGGGUAUUAGCCCCAAAAGAAAAUCAAACUGUAUGGAGAAGUACCGUUACGUUAUCCUUAGCUAUGAUGUUUCUAAUGUGGGCUAUUACAUAUUUAACACAGUUGCAUCCAUUGAUUGAACCACGUCGUUCGGAUUUGAGACCAGAAUUUGUAGAAUGA